UGGGGUUGCGAUGCCUGAGUUCCUCGCUGUUGUUCCUUGGCGGUUCCUGAUCCUCCUAGCCUUCCAAGUUGGCGUGGCCACUGGAGCCCCCCAGCCAUGGCGCUGUGCGCCCUGCACUGCUGAGAGCCUGGGGCUCUGUCCCCCCGUGCCCGCUUCGUGCCCCGAGAUUUCCCGGCCUGCCGGUUGUGGCUGCUGCCCGACAUGUGCCUUGCCACUGGGUGCCGCCUGCGGUGUGGCCACGGCUCGCUGCGCCCAGGGACUCAGCUGCCGUGCCCUGCCAGGGGAACCUCGUCCCCUGCAUGCCCUCACCCGCGGCCAGGGAGCCUGUGUACCAGAGCCUGCUGCCCCCGCCACGAGAACCUUGUCCAGCUCCGAGCUCGAAGAGGCAAAGGCUACUGUAGCCCCUGAGGAUGAGCUUCCCGAGAGCCCAGAGAUGACAGAGGAGCAGCUACUGGAGAGCUUCCACUUGAUGGCCCCCUCCAGUGAGGACCGGCCCAUCCUGUGGAACGCCAUCAGCAACUACAACAGCAUCCGGGCCCGAGAGAUCGCUAACCUCAAGAAAUGGAAGGAGCCCUGCCGACGAGAACUCUAUAAAGUGCUAGAGAGGUUGUCCGCAGCUCAACAGAAAGCAGGGGAUGAAAUCUACAAAUUUUAUCUGCCAAACUGCAACAAGAAUGGAUUUUAUCACAGCAAACAGUGUGAGACAUCCCUGGAUGGAGAAGUGGGGCUCUGCUGGUGUGUCUAUCCAUGGAGUGGGAAGAAGAUCCCUGGGUCUCUGGAGACCAGAGGGGACCCCAACUGCCACCAGUAUUUCAAUGUACAAAACUGAAGACUUCCACACAUGUUCUCUCACACCAAAUAUUUAAGUAUAUAGUAUAUUUAUACUCUGGAGCACACCAUUUUAUAUAUGUGUAUAUGUAUAUAUCCAGGAACUACUUUUUAUACUCCACAUACUGCUUGAUGGUAUGUGUUGGUUCGUAUUUAUUCACUGUAAGUUUACGUUUUUCUACACAGUUACUUGUGCUAUAUUAAUUUAUAUAUCAUGAAGCACUUCUCAUCACGUAUAUGUAAAUACUACGUCUCAGCUAUUCCAAAGUCCAUUCUUCUGGUUUGAAAGGGCAGAGUGAUACUGCCUAGAACAUGCGCAAGUCAAUGUGAGGUAGAGAGUUUUCCAGUGGGUUUAAGGAGGAAAGUUAGCCAAGGAUCUCCUCUCUGCAUCCCACAGAUCUGUGUCUGAUGCCCAU